AAAUAAUAUUAUUUUAGUUGGAUCUUCUUCGUGCACGAAUUCACAACGGCGAACAGGAAGACGAUAAUCUUCUUGCAGUUUGCGGCAAAUACAAGUCAAGUGGACAAAGAUGGACGUGUCUGGCCUGUUGGGCGCCCUUACGGGAGGGGGCAGUGUCAAGAUUGGCAUUGUGUUGAACACCUCGACAAAUGAUCCCGGCGUUGUCCCGAUGGAUCAUUAUCCCAGUUGGAAACUACACAAGAAUCCGUUUUGGAGAGUCAAGCACAAGCCGGGAGGAAACAAAAAUCAACAACCGCAGAUGGAUUCAUCCAUGAUGCAGAAUCCGCAAUUUCAACAGCAGCAACAGCAACCAGGAAUGAUGAUGCAGCAGCCUGGUAUGAUGCAACAACCUGGAAUGAUGCCACAACAGCAAGGAAUGAUGCAGCCGGGCAUGAUGCAACAACAACCUGGAAUGAUGCAGCCGGGCAUGAUGCAGCAACAGCCAGGAAUGAUGCAAAAUCCGCAAUUUCAGCAACUACAGCCGGGAAUGAUGCAACAACAACCAAACAUGAUGAUGCAACAACCAAACAUGAUGAUGAUGCAACAGCAACAAGGAAUGAUGAUGCCAAUGAUGGACGAUGGAAUGCGUUCGGCUAUUGUGACUUUUGAAGCUUCACGUGAUGUCGGUGGCAUUGUUCGUCUUGUCAUUCCACCAGGCAAAAAGAUGGAGCACUUGGGAAUUAAAGUCCAAUUCAUUGGUCGAAUCGAUAUGGGACAAGGUGUCCAUGAAGGUCGUCCCCAUUACGAUUUUGUCUCGCUGUCCAAGGAGCUCUCUCCUCCAGGAGUCCUAUACGACAACCAAAUCGAAGUCCCCUUCAUCUUCAAAAAUAUGGACAAGGAACACGAAUCCUACAAGGGUCGCAACGUUGCAGUCCGUUAUUUUGUCAAGGUGAUUGUUGAGCGCAAAUUCUUGCCGCCCGUUACCAAGGAACACGAUGUUUGGGUUCAAAAGCUCGGUGAAGAACCAAAAGAAAACGAAGCCAUCAAGAUGGAAGUAGGAAUUGAAGAUUGUUUGCACAUUGAAUUUGAAUACGAUCGUCGCGUUUUUCAUUUGCAGGAUACCAUCAUUGGGAAUAUUCACUUCUUACUGGUACGCAUCAAAAUAAAGCAUAUGGAACUGGCAGUCAUUCGACGAGAGACUAGUGGUGAGGGUGUCGCCAAUGCUACCGGUGCCGGGGGUGGCGGCCGUCCUCAAGCGGGAGGUGAUGUCAGCAAUAUCUGCACCGAGACACAAACAUUGGUCAAGUACGAGAUUAUGGAUGGAGCCCCCGUCAAGGGAGAAAUCAUUCCAGUGAGACUGUGCCUCAAAGGCAUUCCCUGUGAUUUGACACCGACCUAUCAGGCAAUCAACAAUCGUUUCUCGGUGCGAUAUUUUUUGAAUUUAGUCCUCGUGGAUGCGGAAGACCGUCGCUAUUUCAAACAACAGGAGAUUGUCCUUUGGAGAAAGCAGUUGGGCUAA